AUGUUUAAUUUUGGAUUACUUGGGAGGACAGUUGUCCCCAGUCGUAUAAAAAGGCUGCCUAAUGAUUUUGUAUAUAAACUGGAAGGCAGACCUUUGUUUAACACACCAAGAAGGCGCUUAUACAACACACGGGAUGUAUCUAGCAAUGUAAAACAUAGAUGUUUCACAACUUCAUCUGAAAGCAGCGUUGAUGAUGGUGAUGUUGAGUUUGAGCUAAGAAGUUACUGCAAACAGAUUAGAGAAUUCGUUGUCUUUGACAGAUUAAACGAAAACAGGACUCUUAAUUCGUUUUUAACCCGUAUGAAUACAGAGAACGUCGAUGAAUAUUUGAAAAGGUGCAGAGUAAGUAACUAUAACAAUUUACGGCACCUUGAAAAUUACAUGAACAUUGUUUACACAUUUUCAUGCUGUGGGUUCCACACGAAUGCAGAUGAUCUGAAACCUGUUAUUGAUGGGUUAUAUUCUGAGUAUGUGGGUUUGCUAGGUGGUUUAAGGAGUAACAAUGAAGAAGGAGACACCCGGCACUAUACUGACAGCGCCAGUGUUUCUGGCAUUAAUAUGAACACCGAUGACUCAGACAUGUCAACUAGUAGCCUAAAGGACACGAACGAACCCAGUACGGCCGGUAAUCAGGGGAAGUCAAAGCUUGAUAGGGUGGAGUGGCUUGGUAGAAUAUUGGCACUGGCCACGUUAAGCUUAUGUGAAUUGGGCCUUUUCAAGAAUAAUUUUAAAAAGGCCUCAGACAUGAUUGAAACGCUACUAUUCGGGGAGCUUUUCGACUUGUUCAUAGACAAAUCUAGUGGAAAACUAAUUAAUUCUACGCUGUUCUUGUACUCAACCACUCAACUUCUCGAAAAGGAAUAUGAUUCAGAAAUGGAGCUUAAAUACGACUCAAUAAUACGGGCCAUUUCAAAGAAUGAGAUUUCUCUAGAACUGUCAGAUCUGUAUUACCUAAGGCUCGCGCAUCUAUUCAUUUCUUCAAGGAUGCCUGAAUUGAGUAAAAAACUAUCCAAGGAAUCUUUGAGUUUUUUAUCCAAUGUGGCAUUUCAGGAUUAUAUUAGGGAAAAGGAUCUACACGGGCUAGAGGGCAUUAUUCCAUCAAAAAUUAAACUGAUAGAUUCCAACAUUGAGGGAGGACUCUUCACUAUAGGGCCCUAUUCCUUCACACACGUGUCGCUGCCUAAUAAGAGUGUAUAUUUACUCAACAGCCCAAACUAUUAUUUCAACUCCAAUUUAAGUUUGGGGAAACGGGAAUGUAUCAAUUGGAUGGAUUCUUUCCUCAAAACCUCAGGAUGGAAUCUGAUUUACGUUUAA